GAUAGAUAGAUAGAUAGAUAGAUAGAUAGAUAGAUAGAUAGAUAGAUAGAUAGAUAGAUAGAUAGAUAGAUAAUUUCGCUACACAAAACCUUGUAUUAAGACCAUUUAAACGGUGCGUGUAAGGUUGGAUCCGAUUAUGUGCAUGUCAGAGUGCAUUUGAAGCAGAUAUAAACGCGCAUGCGUGCGGUAUAGUGAAGCUGAGCGAGAGCUUGCAGUAGAUGGGUGUGUGAACGAAGGCUGGAGUUAGUCUUUACCGGACACCAAUGGAGAAAAGCUAAUGGGGUCUGAACUGGAGAGGGGAAAACGUCCACCACAGAAUACUGGAAAUGCAACCCAAGUGCAGAAUACUACCCCCAACACUCACAUCUUGGGAAGUGUGAACACCCAAACAGUUGGCUUGUUUAACUCUCCCUCAAAUGCCUGCUGCUUCUGUUGGUGUUGCUGCUGCAGCUGUUCUUGUUUGACAGUACGCUCUGCUAAGGAGGAAAGAAUUCUGACGACGAUCUCCGAAAAAGAAGAGGACAUUGAUACCAACCAAAUGCCUCAGCUCACUCUGGAGGAGGUACACACAUGGGGAGAGACAUUUGAGCGGUUAAUAAAAAGUGCACAAGGUCGUGUGCACUUCCGACAGUUUCUUAAGACUGAGUUUAGUGAAGAAAACCUGAUGUUCUGGCUCGCCUGUGAGGAUCUAAAGAAAGAGACCAACAAAACCAUGGUAGAACAGACUGUGAAACAAAUAUAUGAGGACUACAUUUCUGUAUUGUCACCUAAAGAGGUAAGUCUGGAUUCACAUGCACGUGAAGUGAUCAACAGGAACAUGCAGGAACCCUCAUCAUGCACGUUUGACGAGGCACAACAGCAGAUCUACACGCUCAUGCAGCGAGACUCCUACCCACGAUAUAUGAACUCCAGCAUGUACGCAGACCUCAUACAGAGCCUUGAACAAGUCAAUGAGUCUUAACAUACAUAUAUGAAUGUACACAAUACCUAGACUUUAGACACAGGCUUAUUACACUUGCCUAAAGACCAGAUAGAUCCCUUUGGUGCUGUUUACACUUACCAUCCAUCCCAAGUGAUUAGGUCAGCCAAGACAGACUGGCAUACACAUCUGGUAUUUACACACAUUUCAACUGCAUCUCCUGUGACUAGUUAUUGUAUUUUGUUGACAGAGUGCCCUCAGAAUGUUUUUUUUUUUUUUUUUUUUUUUUUUUUAUAUUUUAGUAAAAUGGCUGGAAUAACAUAUGGCUUUUACCAAUGUUUUAUUUAUUUGUGUAUUUAUUUCAAGACACAUACA